AUGGCUACCGAGUCCCUCAAGAUCGCUCUUAUUUAUGAGCUUCGCGAGGCCUACAAGGCCCUCGGUUACUCAAAUGCAGACUGCGACAGGUUCGAAGUCGGAGAAGCAGCCGAGCACAUAGCUGCAGCUCUCAAAAAUUUGGGGCAUGAGGUUGUCCUUGUUCCAGACAUCCAUUCCCUGGUUAAGAGGCUAGCACAUGGCGAGGGUAGUACAUGGGACUUGGCAUUCAAUACCACGGAGGGCCUACAUGGAUUAGCUCGAGAAGGUCAAGUUCCCGCAUUGUUGGAGGCCUACCAAAUCCCGUUCACAUUUUCGGAUGCGGCCACGAUGACAUUGUGUUUGGACAAGGGCAGAACAAAGGUUUCAUUGGACGAGAUCCUGUCUAUGAUUCGCAUGUCUCGCCAUUCCGAGACGCUGCUGAGUCAAUAUCCGUUGUUUGUGAAGCCUCUUGCUGAAGGCUCUUCCAAAGGAAUUGGAGCAACCAACAAAAUCAAGAGUAUUGAAUCCCUAUGUGAUGUCGUCAACUCUCUUCGAGAUUCCAGCCCCUCAUCGCUUGGGGUUCUCGUCGAGAAGUAUCUUCCGGGUCGAGAAUUCACUGUGGGCAUCCUGGGAACGGGCGAGGAUGCAUGGGUGGUCGGUGUCGACGAGAUAUAUGGUGCAGCAAAGAGUCGACGAAUUCUAACCCCGACCGACGAUUGGGCUGGAGAGGCCGAUGAGAUCAAGAUCGGAUGGGAUGACCAGGAAGCUGACCUUGCCUGUCAAACAGCUCUUCGGGCAUGGACUGUCCUGCGCUGCCGUGAUGGAGGAAGAAUUGAUAUACGGAUGGAUCACUCUGGGUCGCCAGUCGCUCAUGUCAUGGAGAUUCAGAUCAAUCCCCUAGCAGGUCUUCUCCCUCAUUGGUCGCAGUUGCCCAUGAUCGCCGAACACAAUAAUGUCUCGUACAAUGAGCUUAUCGAAUACAUACUAAAGAGUGCUUUACAGAGGCGGAGGGGUCGGGUUCUGAACUGA